CAGAGAAACGCUUUAUUAACGCCAAACGAACUAACGGACACAUGCAGGAGCAGCAUGGGAAGGUCACACCUGGCUGUCAGGAUGAGAAUAAGAAGGCAUAAAGUCUUCCUGUUGUGCUUACUGGGGAUUUGUGUCAUUUCCUUCCUUCAUUACUACAAAGCCCUGCACAAUAUUUCACUGCUGCAGGAGCUCUCCGCUCCUUCCACCCAUCUAAAGUCUCUGAAGAUGUUCAGUGAUAUCUUCUGGAAUUUUCCGGCUGCUGACUUCCACAGCCACCUGAAGGUCAGUGUUGACUCAAAUGUGAUCCUGCCAGAUCCUCCAGAUAGGAAAAUUCAUGAACGUACUUUUGUACUCCGUGAUGAUCCCACAGCCUUUUUCAUCCACACCAAAUCCGGAGCAGUGUGCUUCAGAGAGGGGACGGAUAUGACCGCCUCUGCAUCUCACCGCAGGUUACUGCAACAUCGCCGAAAAAUCAGCCCCAAAGAUGAAGCAAUCAACGCAGACAAGAAGGUGCUUCAGUGUCCCUGCCGGCAGGGUUGGCACGGCCCUCACUGUGGCAUCCCUACCAUUGUGUAUCAUUCCAAUCUCCCGUCCAAGUCAAAAGUAACACCCAGAAAAGUUCCACGUCGGGUCAUCAAUGCCAUCAACAUCAACCACGAGUUUGACCUACUACACGCUCGAUUCCACGAACUUGGAGAUGUCGUGGAUGUGUUUUUGGUCUGCGAAUCCAAUUUCACUGCAUACGGUGACUCAAGACCUCUUUUAUUCCGGCAGCUGAUCCUAAAUGGAACGUUUGACUACAUAAAGCAAAAAAUCCUGUACGUCUUCCUGGACCAUUUUCCUGAUGGCGGUCACGCAGACGGCUGGAUCGCGGAUGAUUACCUUCGCACGUAUUUAACCAAAAACGGAAUGUCGAGGCUUGAGGGCUUCAAAGCGGACGAUGUUUUCGUCAUCAAUGAUGCGGAUGAAAUUCCUGCUCGAGGUGGAAUCCUUUUCCUCAAGCUCUACGACGGCUGGACGGAACCGGUUGGGAUCCAGAUGCGCAAAUCCCUAUACGGAUUCUACUGGAGGCAGUUUGGAACGCUGGACGUUUUAUCUGCUUGCACGGCAGCUAUGCUCUUUAAGGUUUACAAGGGUGAUGGUAUUUAUCUCCGGCGCCGGUUGUAUUAUUCCAUGUCGGGAUUCCGGGAAUACGAGAACUCCACGGGACGCAUUCUGGUGCCGUGGGCCAUCGGAAGCCCAAUUCACUAUGCUGGAUGGCACUGUUCUUGGUGUUUUAAACCAGAAGGAAUUUAUUAUAAACUCAUAUCGGCGCAAAAUGGAGACUUCCCACGUUGGGGCGAUUACAGCGAGAAACGGAAGAUGAGUUAUAUUAAAGAGUUAAUACGGACAGGGGGUUGGUUUGAUGGGUCUGCUCCAGACUACCCACCCUCAGACCCCAAAGAGCAUAUGUAUGCGCCCAAAUACCUGCUGGACAACUAUGAAAAAUAUCGCUACUUGCUUGAGAACCCAUAUGCAACAGAGAAACAUUAAGAGGAAUGGGUCGGUUUCAAAUGGGCAGCUGAAUAAGCUGAAGCGAGAAGUGAAACUGAAUGAUAGUAAGGAGUUUCACAGCCUUUUGUGGUUCGUGAUUCAGUUUUCAAGUUCCACAAUUGUUACGAAUUCCCACCACAUCACAGACAGACCAUAAUAACAAAGGAAUACCAACAUGUUUUACUAUUUAAUCAGAUUUGUUGCUUUAGACUCUCUAUCAAGAACUAUAGCAAGUGAUUUAGCCACUUCAUGGCUAUAAAAUGAUGUUUUUAUGGUUUAAAAACAGUUACAAUUAAUGAGAUUAUUCUCCAUACACACCAUCUGGUGACACCAAGACGCCUACCCAACGUGGUUUUACUCAUGUUUCUAUGAAAAGAUCUCCAAACGUAAUCAUAGUAAUGUAUGAAAAUAAUUGCACUUAAAUGGACUUGAUUUGAUAUGACGUUUAUUUAUAGAAAUGUCUACUCCAUAUGAAUUCUAUGCACUAAAUUGGCUUAAACCGCUAUAAUG